AUGCGAGAUCUGGUGCACGCUCUUGUCCACAGCAAUGAGAAUCCCGACAAGUGUCCGCACUGUGAUAAGGUAUUCACCUCGCGUGGCAGCCUCACGCGGCACAUUCGCGUUCAUUCCGGCGAGCGUCCUUACAAAUGCAUUUUUUGUGGAAAGAGAUUUACCCAGAGCUGCAAUCUCGACAAGCACGUGCGCAUUCAUUCUGGCGAACGACCCUACAAGUGCAGCACUUGUGAGAAGGCUUUUACCCAGAGUAGUCAUCUAGUUAGCCACAUGCGCAUUCAUUCAAAAGCCUUUGGUGAUAAAUCUCUUCUGGAGCAGCAUCUUUCGACUCACAGUGCCAAAAGACAUGUGCUAGCCAAAUGAAACUGGAUAGGCAUAAUUCCAAAGCUCAUUCUCUUAAAAGUCUCUUCUACUAUGACCUUUGUACAAGGAGGUUUCCAAACUGAACAGAUCUCAUGCAUAAACACGUUCGAGAGACGACUUUUGAAAUUAUUUACUGCCAGAAGUCCGUCAUCCAGAGCAGCAAUUUAGCGAAUCUUUCGGACCUAUUCGAGAAAACGGCUCUUUAUAUGUUUUCACUGGCCACAGAUUUUCAUGCAUUCUC